AUGCCGCCAACGCCCGCUCCAUUCGUGCCCUUCCCCACUAGCUUUAGUGUUAGUGAGUUGGUGGAAAACAACCCUUCCUUCGAGUUCGCCCCACGGAUUUCAUGUCAGAUGCUUAAUUCACAAUCCCGAGAAGACUUUGAAAGUCUUAUUCGCUUGCAGCUGGCUAAUCUCGGGAUCCCUAUGGUGAUCGAGGGCUUUGAUGAAUACAUAGACAAGCAACUUUUCUCCCGUGCCUGGUUGCAAAAAAGUGACCGGAGAGAAUGUGCACGGGAUUUGAUCACAGGAAAGGACGUGCCCAUGACUGUGGCACAUUAUGUGAGAAACUUGCCAAAACUCGCUAGGCAAUAUUUCUCAGCGACACAUCACAGCCAACAAAGGCUCUAUCUAAAGGACAUUGAUUGUCCGCCAGAAUGGCAAAAAUCAUUAGAGAAUCUCAUACCACCGUCACUAUUCUACAUGAAUGAAAAGCCGAAACCAUACAACGGCCCAGGAUGCCGCUCACUUCAUCAUGACCCUGAAUAUCAUACCACGAAGGACGGAAAGUUAAUUGCCAAAUCAGGCGACUUGAUGAGUUGCCUUCCCGAAGAGAUGCGGGCACAGAAUCUCAUGUGCUACAUUGGCCAUGAAGGCACCUACACACCGGCCCACCAAGAGAUGUGUGCUAGCCUGGGCCAGAAUCUUAUGGUGGAAGCAUCUACUGGAUCGGUAGAGAACGGAGAACGAAGUCAUCCAGGCUCGUCCAUCUGGUUCAUGACUAAAACAAAAGACCGCCAGGCCGUGGCUGAGUAUUGGACCUCGGUGCUCGGGCACGAUAUUGAUCUCGAAGACCAUUUUGCGCAAAUCAAUGCCUGGAAGGGUGCUCCAUUCAAAACGUACAUCGUAGAGCAAAAACCAGGCGAUCUUAUUCUCGUGCCACCACUUGCAGCCCAUCAGGUGUGGAACCGUGGCACAAGGACUGUCAAGGUGGCUUGGAACCGAAUUACUGUGGAGACUUUAAAGCUGGCUAUGAGUGAAGCGCUUCCCAAAGCACGCAUCGUUUGUCGUGACGAACAAUACAAGAACAAGGCUAUCGUUUACCACGCCCUCGAAUACUACUCGGAGUUGCUCAGAGGUCUUCUUACCACUGAGCAUCCUGCCACUCGGACACUAUGGAGGGAUUUCGAAAAUUUGUUAUCGCUCUACACGGAUAUCUUAGUAUCGGAAAGUGUCUCGCGGUCACACGUUACCGCGCGGAACAUCGCUACUAUUCCCUUUGAGGGCAACGUUACUUGCUCAUACUGCCGUUGCAAUAUUUUCAAUCGAUUCCUUACCUGUCCCAAUUGUGUGUCGGAUGCAGAUGAUAAAUACGAUAUUUGCAUGGACUGUUAUGUGUUGGGCCGAAGCUGCCAGUGUAUCUCAAAGCUUACCUUUGUACAACAAUUCAAAUGGGAGCACCUUCGAUCACGACAUGAUCGUUGGCGGCGCCAGGUCAUAGAUUUGAAGAAGGACGAUACAGAAGGCAAGAGCGAAUUUCCUGCCUUGCACGUCGCACGCGCUCAGGUCAAUCGGAAGCCUAUUGCGGAGAUCUGCCAAGAGCAGCUGAAAAACCGACCCUGGGUGGACAUCCAGAAGCUCACUCCGCCGAGCUCUAAAUCUGGAUCCAUGACACCCAGUGAUGACGACAAUCCGCAACCAAGAAAGCGACGAAAGUCCAAACAAAGCAAGAAAGCAAACAAGCAACUGGGAACUUGCCACAUGUGUCAAAAUAAACAACCCGAUUGGAAAUUGGCAACGUGCUCCCGUUGUCAAUCAAAUUAUUGCUACGCAAGCCUUUUUGCGGCAUUUGAUGUAACACCAGAAGAAGCCAUGGGCGAGACAGCAUGGCUUUGUCCACGAUGUCACAAGGUUUGCAAUUGUACGCCAUGCCAACGAGACCCGACCAUGAAGCCACACGAGCCGAAUCGCAUUUCUCUCGAGCUUGACACGAUCAAGGUGGCUGAUCCUCGAAGUGUCGAGUCGUUGGUGAACAUGCGUGUUUCCAACGAGAAAUGGCUUCCGAACUUGGGGGCCAAGAUUGGAGAACGUCUCAACCAAAGACGUAAUGAAGAAGAUCAGAGACGUGAGGAGGUGUGGAGAACAAAUGGGAUCAUUACAGGCCCCGAGCUUCAGACUCCGCAAAGAGAAAAUGGCUUUCUCGACUGCAUUGAUCCGUCCCUGUCUCUGGACAACUCUCUUAUGGGCCCAGUAUCAGAAUCAAGUUACCUUGAGCUUUCUGGAGCAACUUUCACCUAG